UUCCGUCAUCUCUUUCGCCUUUUCCUUCCCAUUUGCUUUCAUUCUACGCCUUAAAAAAACAUCUAUCUCUCUCUCUCUCUCUCUCCCUCUUUUCAUCAUUCACUUCCUCCGAUUCAUACCCACCAAUCCAAUCUUUAUUACCCACACAACAAUCUCUCUCAUCUUCACUUUUUUCAGCUCAACAACACAAAAAAUGUCCGGGUUUCGUGAGAAUUUCCUGAAAUCAUCGCUCUUUAACCGAUCUUUAACCAUUAAUUCGUCGGCCAAUGAGUAUUCCAAGAACCCCAGUAGUAAUUCAUCGUUUGAUCGAAGUGGGUCGAUGAGAAAACCGUCUAAUUCUUUCGAAACGGUGAAAGGGAAGGUCUUGGGUAUUCGCAAUUUAUUCGAGUCGAGAAAACAUUCGAAACCAUCGGAGACCGAGCCUCCGGAUAGUAGCCACAAAUCGGUGUUAUCGGAUUCUAGGGUUUCUUUUAAGGAUGAUUUUUCAAUUAGUUUGCCGGGUGAUAAAGUCGUUGUUUAUUUCACCAGUUUACGGGGAAUUCGAAGGACUUUUGAGGAUUGUUAUUCUGUGAGAAUGAUUUUACGGGGCUUUCGGAUUAAUGUGGACGAGAGAGAUAUUUCCAUGGACUCGGCCUAUAGAAAUGAAUUGGAAAAGAUCAUGGGACGAAAAAAUGUUAGUUUGCCUCAGGUUUUUAUAAAGGGAAAGCACAUUGGUGGCGCGGAAAUUGUUAAGCAAUUGAACGAGACAGGGGAAUUGAGGAAGUAUCUUAAGGGGUUGUCGACCAGGGAACCGGGGUUUGUUUGUUAUUCAUGUGGAGAUGUUAGGUUUAUACCGUGUGUAACUUGUGAUGGGAGUAGGAAGAUAUUCGAUGAGGAUGCGGAUAUGUUGAAGAGGUGUGAUGAAUGUAAUGAGAACGGGUUGAUUCGUUGCCCGACUUGUUGUGAUUGAAUGUUGGUUAAGGGGUUAGAUUAUUGAUUACAUAGGUAUUUAGACGGUUUGUUUGCAGACAAGGAUUGAGGGUGGAGUGAUCUUAACUCUUGAUCGCAGUCGUGUGUAUGGUAUGGUGAUUAUGAAUGCUUCAUUCUCUCUGGAUGUAGGGAUACAAAGCUUAUUGUGUAUAUUAUGCUUGUAAAUUGAUGAUGUCUUAGCAUAUGGUGUCUAGGAUGUUAUAGUACUAUGCUUAUGUGGGUAUGGAACUCCUACAUGCUGCUCGUGGUUGUCUCGAGUCUCUCGACAAUUACAUUCAAUAAAAAUGGUUAGAGGUGGUACAAUAAACAAUACGCUCGGCUCGGUGCAGGACUCUGAGCUUGGUGCCUAAUGUGACCGACUCGGUACAGACUCGCCAAGUACGUGUGACGUGUAUAAAAUGACAAUGGAGUCUGAUACAGCCUCUUGGCUUUGAGCUUGGUGCUUGAUGCGGGGUAGGCUGAGUAUGUAUGACGUGUAUAUACAAAAUGAUAAUGGAACGGGGGUAGGCUGAGUACGUAUAACGUGUAUAUACAAAAUGAUAAUGGAACCGGACACGGCUUCUUACUCUUAUCCGGGAACCGGGGUAGGCCAAGUAUGUAUGGCGUGUAUAUACAAAAUGAUAAUGGAUCCGGACACGGCCUCCUACUCGUAUCUUGUGUCAUUCUAUCAGAAUGUAUGAUUCCUAGCAUACAAUUUAUAUUC